CCUCAAGAUAUUCCAGAUGGACACCGUGCACCACCUCCGUUGGUUCAGCGUAGUAGUAGUACUCGCAGCAUUGAUACCCAAACGCCUGGUGGAGCAGACAGGGGUAGUAACAACAGCAGCCGUUCCCAGUCUGUAUCUCCAACCUCAUUUCUUACCAUCUCUAAUGAAGGCAUUGAAGAAAGUCCAUGUUCUACAGAUGAUCUUCUUGCUGAUUCCAGAGAUAAAGAGAAUGGGAAUAAUUCUCCCUUGCCAAAAUAUGCUACCUCACCAAAACCCAACAACAGCUACAUGUUCAAGCGUGAACCUCCAGAGGGCUGUGAAAAGGUGAAAGUCUUUGAGGAGAGCUUGCCAAAGCCAUUGCAUGAAAUUCCAGCCUUCUACUGCCCUGACAAGAACAAAGUGAAUUUCAUUCCUAAAAGUGGCUCUGCUUUCUGUCUUGUUAGCAUCCUCAAGCCACUUCUUCCCACACAGGAUCUCACACUUAAGGGCACUACACACAGCCUGACUGUACCCUCUGGCAUGACACCCAGUUUGUUACAGCCCAUUUCUAUGGCCUCCUUGUCUACAAACACAGAUCAAGACAGGAUCUCUCGUGGAACAAGUACGGUAAUACCACAGACCUCUAUACUCCAGCAACCGGGACGUAUUGAGGAAGCUGAAGGAUAGAUUUAGAUUGUCUUGACAUUUUUCUGGGCAACUACUGGGAAAAAAUUGGAACUGAUUGACUGGACCUUUCUGUUCACACUAUUUGCAUUGUUUUAACAAUUUAUGGCACUGUCAUAAUUGAACUGUUUGUAUAAUUGACAGUUUGGUAGCACAUUGAGAAUUUCAGGAGGACGCAGCAGCUGAUACUCAGUUGCACUUUCUGCUUAUGAAGACUCCGCUUCUGUUUCUCUGCUGC